AUGGCAGAAGCACCAGUUGAGAAGAAAACUUUUCGCAAAAAAGUUGUUCUACCAAGUGACAAAGACGAAACCAAGGUGAAAAUCAAGCCUCAUAAAGUGCCUAAACUUGAUGAUAAACCGGCCCAAAUCCGGUUAAACGCAGCUGCAAUAUUGAGAGAAGAAGCCAGGCUUAAAAAGGAAGAAGAAGUAGAAAAGGCGAGGCUUGAAGCUUUUAUGAUUGAAAUGAGGGAUAAAAGCGAAUAUGAAAGGUGGAGGGCAGAUAUGAAAGAAAAAGAUGAUUUGGAGAAGCUCGAACAGUUACAAGUCAGGAAAAUUGAAAUGGAGAUGUCCAGAGAAGAAGCUAUUGAAGCAAUUAGACUGAAAUAUAAAGAAAACCAACUAACUGCUGCAAAGCUGAAAGAAAUGACGAAAGCACAGGUAGAAGAAAAAAUAAUAAAAGAAGAACAGGAGUUAGAAGAAAAGAAAAAAUUUGUCACAGAAGUCGUUGAAAGCAGGGUGAACAUUCAAGUAGAAAAAGAUAAAGUGAAAGAAAAUAAUAAAAAACUUAAAGAAGAGUUGCAAAAAGAAAUUCAAGAAGCAAUAAAUAGAAGAAAAGAAGAGGAAAUCAUUGAGCAAGCUAAAAGAGAUGAACUUAUCAGGCAGAUCAGAGAAUUACAAAAUCAGCCGAUUGCUAGGAAUAAAGCAUUUGACCCAACUGAAAUCAUGGGAUAUGGGCUGCUUGAAGAAAUGUCUUUAGCGCAGCUAAAAGAAAGACUUGAAGAAAAGAAAAGAGAAGUCGAAGAAGAAAUAAAUAGAAAAAAAGAAGAGAAUAUUAGGUACAAAGAAACUAAAGCAGUAGAAUUAAACGAAAAGAUUAGCAAAAUCACUGAGAAUAGGAAUCAAAAAGCUGCUCAAAAUGAAGAAAGGAGAAAGAAGAUGAAAGAAGACGAAGAAAGGAAAAAACAGCUGCAACAAGAAAUGAGGGAAAAAGGGUUACUAACUGUCUAUGAAAAAAUAUCAGCGAAAAAACAAAAAAGGCUAGAAGAACAGAAAAAGCUGGAAAAAGAGCUUAAAGAAAUUAAAUUGAAAAGGCAAUACAUGAAUGCCAAUAGAGCUUUAGUUGAAGAAAAAGCGUGGAAAGAGCAAGAAGCUGGUGCUGAAAGAGAAGCCAGAGAAAGACAAGCCAACGCACUUAUAGAACAAGAGAGAGUAGAAAGGAUCAAAUUGACUGAAACUAAUUUGAAAACAAAAGCAGCUAAAGAAUUGGCAAAGCAAAAAAUUGAAGUCAUCAAUGAAUACCAAAAAGGCCUUGCCGAAGCUCACGAAGAAAACGAAAUUUUAUUAGCAGAAGACAGAAGAGAUAAAACCAAUAAGCACGACAACCAAAGAAACUUCCAGGAAACCCACAAGCAGAAAAUGGACGAGCGGCAGUCAUACUCCACCAAGUUGACUCAAUCCAUGAAGAACUCCACCAAAACCAAGUCAUAA